UGUUUGGUAAAUUGUCCGCGCGUUACCAGUGGCCAAAGCAAUCGAUUACAGUAGGCGUACGCGAACGACGAGUUAAAUUUUUAAUGUGGAUAUUUCAUGAUUAUUUAAUCAAGGCAGUAACAAAAUCCGGAAGUGUAUUUAACCAAGACACGGUUCUAGUAUAAACGUGUCCCUUUUAAGCAGAACCAGGAAGUUGUAACAACAUAAUUUGAAUGAAGAUUAUCACAGAUUGGGAACUUGAUCCUUGUCAGCAAGACAUCAUUAAAUUAUAGACUCCAGUCUAUAAUACUUGCCUAGUCUCUUUGCCAUGGUUGCCCCGAGUUCUCCAGACCUUGAAAAGCAUCCUCCACUAAACUCUGAGAAUAUUUGUGCAGUCUUCUGAGAUGGCCAGUGACAAUGAACCAUCUGCAGUACACCGCAUGCACAAGGAUUAUGUACCUGGAGGGAAGAAACUGGGACAGGGCGGACUGUCCAAGAACCUACACGAGAACUUCAUAUCACAAAAUGAGGAAAGGGAAUGGGUUGACAUUCUCUUGGACUGCAGUCCAAAAGAUGAGAAAUUGGACACUAUGGUCAAAUGCUACAGUUGGGAAGAGGUCUCCACUGGAUGGCGACCAGCUGUUCCAAAUGCUACAUACAUCAGUCAUGUCGCAGAAAAGAAGGACGCCGAAAAGGAAAAAGAGAAAGACAGUGGGAAAAUUAAGAGCUCCCAAAAGCUGAUCUUAUUUGAGAAGGAUCUGUCGUGGAAGCAGUGCGUCGAACCUGGGACCUACCGGUAUGUGCACCGAUCGGCCUAUGCUGGUGUACAGAAAAAGAAAACCUUCAACAAGGGACCAGUGAAGAGGCCGAUGGAUGCUAAUCUCAAGGAGCACAUCCGAAAGGUCAAAGAGCAUCUGGAAAAGGUUCUGGUGCAACAAGCCUCACCCAAGAACCAUCAGAGGCCACUGGGCGCUGUUCACAACUAUGGGGACUAUGUAUCGUCGUUGAUCAGAGAGGCUAAACCUAAUAGACUUCAACCAGCAUCUGAGGUGAUGCACUCGCCCAGACCCAUCAAUCCAAGUGAGGAUCAAGCUCAACAAAGCCCGACUAAAGUUCCAGAUGUUGGAUUGACGUACACUGUGAAGCGGGGCAGCCCAGUGCAAAAAUCGCAAAAGUCUAGUCCCUUACCACAUGCCCCACUGCUGCAACCAGGGGACAAAACGCCAAAUGAUCUUGUCGCUGCAUUGGGGUCCAAGCUGAAUGACCUCAUACAGCAGGACAACUUCAAAAACAGAGUCAAAACGAGACACUCCAGGAACAAAACCCAAGAGAAAGUGCGGUCAAGCUACGAGAAGUUUACCGCGCCUGCCCAGGUUGAAUCUCCCACCUUGAAACCGUUGGUCAAAGUAACUCCUGGCCAGCGUCAAAUCCACGACGACAAUGAGUUCAUCGGCGCUGUGGCUAAAAUGAACAAACAGGCUACUUACCAGUUUGAUGAUAUUCGUUCCGUCCACCGCGUAUCGCCCACUCCCAGCAGAGAACAUCAGAGCAUGCGCCACCAAGAAUCAAAAGAGGCCACUCAUGAUCACAGAUUUGAGAGGCUGGACCCUGCAAACAAGAAUUUCUUCACGUAUGGGAUCGCAGGCAAGGCCGUUAGUCCGACAGAUGUUGAAGUGCGAGUCAAGAACCUUGCUGGUAUCUCUAGGAUACUGAGCAAGAACCCUGUGGAGGUGAAGAAAAGAGGGACGCUACACCCCCAGGAUAAAGGAUCUAAUCGCCCAGGAGGGAAAGGCGAUCCUGGGUUUACCAUCACCAAUCGGCUGGGUGACCCGUUGCACCGUGGUGUGGUGGAUCGUGGGGUGGCCGGAGCCAUUGCCUCCGAGCUCUUGCCUGGUGUCAACGGACACAAAAUCUAUUUCCCUAUGCAGCAAACUUAUCGAAUCAUUUGAAAUAACUCGUUGUAUGUUUCAGUUAAAUUAAAGAACGGGGAUACAAAUUUAGUCAGUCCUCUUUGCUACUGUAAUCUCAAGUUGUCUUGUAAAGUUGUCUAUGUGAAAUUAACUUUACUGAUUCAAGUCCAUUAAU